ACCUGUAAUGAAAGAGGUCUCAUUGGAAAGUAAUAUCUGUGAAACAUGGAUUGAGGUGGUGAGCACGAAACUCAGUGGAAAAUUUCCUAUGCCAAUGGUUAAUUGGACCCACAGUGUUGCAGCACUUAAUUUUUAAGGACAAAAAUACUCCAGCUAGACGAAUCCUUUAUUUGCAUUCUGGUCGAAAUACAUAGAAAUGGUGCAGUUACUUUUAUUGUACAUAAGAGCAACACGAACUACCAACUGAAGUCUUCAUCUAAGUGCUCUGCGAUCUAUGAUUCCAUGGUUUUUUGUAACUGAUCGUGUCAAUUAUUCACGUUACGCACCUUGUUAUUGGAUGGAAAUGAUGCGGUUGGAACAAACUAAUCCCUACGUUGCCCACAACAUUUCAAAUAACUGGACCGUACAAAGGCAAGAUCGAUAUUCGUUCUCCGGUGUAGCAUGCGAUCAAACGAUCGAGCAGACUUUAAACAGAGACUCCAAACUGAAAGGAGGGUUAGUUGGAAUAACAUUGAAUAAAGGCGCUGUGCACCGCUGGUUGAUGGGGCAGGCAGAAAGAAGUGCGAUAACAAGGCAGUGUGAAACUAUGGCCAGCGUAGCAGAAAUUGAUCGGAGCAGAAAGGACCUGGAUAAAUCUCGAAUCGAAGGUGAAGAGAAGGCAGUUAGAGAUGUGAUUGACGUUAUUAAAUCAAUGGUUAAUCCUUUUGAUAAUGAUCAUGAAAGCUUGGUGCACAUAGCAAGUGGAGUUGUUGCGUCUUCUGAUAUCGAGGAUGACAUGAAGCACAUGGUAGACAAAGGAAAGACAGCAUUUACUAGUUUUUUUGAGAAUAAUAUUAUUGGAGAAAAGCCGAACAUAUAUUCAACCAUCAAGAAGACUAAUUUGAAGACAUUUUCAUGUUUGGGAAAGAAAGUGACGAGCAAGAACAGCAAAGGACAACUCCAAGGUGUUGUUUGCGAAGCUGCUCUUGAUAGCAAAAAGUCGAAAUCUUCAGUUGGACGAUGUCUUCACGUAUUCUUUAAGACCAUAUCCUUGCUCCAUUGCAACCAGCGAAGGGGAUCUUGUGAAAACAUCAAAGUCAAAACUGGUUCAUGCAAUUGAAGAAGAAGCUCAAAACUCUUCCGUUUCUGAUCUUCCUAUUGACGACAACGCGUGUAUUCUUGACGCAAUGGCCAUCUUGCAAACUUUGAUGACGAUACCAGAUACGUUUGGUGAACUGACGGUUCAGUUGUUAACAAAGGUUGUAAAGAUUGCCGUUAACUGCCACUGCAAGCGUGCUGACUUCGUUUGUGACCGGUAUCCGCGCCAAAGCAUCAAGAACCUCGAAAGAAAUCGACGGGCAAUCGAUGGUGUUCAAAAAAUUUCUAUUUACAGCGAACAUCAAAAAGUUCCGCGCCAAUGGAAAAAGUUCUUGUCGAGCGGCGAAAAUAAAGAGCAGUUGAUGAAAUUCAUUUAUCAAUCAUGGACAAAGGCCGAUCCUCAUCUCUUCAAAGAUAUCGAAGUAUUUCUGUCGCACGAAGAAAUGUGCCAUAAGUUUUUUCAAUCGAACAACGCAUUGGUUUCUUGUGAAGUCGAUGAGCUAUGCUGCGAUCACGAAGAAGCAGAUACUCGGAUGUUGGUCCACGCAAGUCAUGCAAAAACAUCAUAAUCAAGAGUCCUGAUACAGACGUAUUGGUGAUUGCACUAAAUGCAUGCUUGGAAAUUGAUGCCAACAUAUACUUCGAAACUGGCGUUGGAAGUGCACGACGGAUAAUUUCCCUGAGUAACGUCAGAGAGUCCCUUGGGCAUGAGUGGUGCUCUUCUCUUAUUGGUCUUCACGCGUUCACUGGUUGUGACACAACGAGCGCCUUUUACGGCAAAGGAAAAGUGUCUGUGUUGAAAGUUGCGAAAGCGAGAGAAGAAUACUCCCACACCUUCUCAAACUUAGGCACCGAGUUAAAUCCAUCUGAAGACCUCUUCACUCAGCUUUACCAUUUCGUAUGUCAUUUAUAUGGAUAUCAAGGAUACUCAGAUAUUAAUCGUGUACGUUAUGAAAUGUUUAAAAGUGGAAAGUUUGAUGAAGAAUUGUUACCACCCAAUAAGGAUUCACUCGACCAGCACAUAAACAGAGCAAACUACCAGUGUUUUAUCUGGCGCAAAUCGACGCAAGCAAUUUUGAAUUUGCCAUCUUUCUUCAACCACGGGUGGAAACUUGACGCAGAAGGCAACGUUUACGUUAACUGGAUGAUAUUACCUGCCGCCCCUGAUUCAAUACUAGAGUUCGUAAGCUGCAAAUGCAAGAAAGGAUGCGAGAAUAGAAGAUGUUCGUGUGUCAAGGCCUCCUUAAGAUGCAGCGAUUUAUGUUCGUGCACGGAGUGUCGAAACAAAAGCACUAAUGGUGAUGAUGUGGAAAGCGAUUCGGAUGACUGUUACGAUGACGGCAGCUCAAGCGAGAACGACGAAAACUAGAAGUAACCUUUUUCUUUUAUAUCACUAAGAUUUAAAGAUUGUCCGCCGGAAUAGGUUUUGGAACAAAUUGGAAAAAAAUGAAAUGAGAAUUUUUUCAACAGCAAAUCAAUCUCGCAUGGAUUGAAACACCUCUCACAUUUACAUACUUCAAAUUUCCAUACUGGAGGCUA